CCAUCCUCAGAUCGGCAAAGGAUCGAGGAUUUUUUUUUGUUUUUGAAAGAGUUUUUUAAAGAGAAGAAAAGGUAACGAAUGCUCUUCAACAGCCAACCUCAUUCUCAACCCCUCCCCCAAAAGAGGCGCCGACCCAUUUAAUUGCAUAGACGAUUUGGAGGUUUGCAACUGUAACUAUAUACUACCGUUCCUUUAAUCCAACUGGGGACCAAAUCAAAAAAAAAAAAAAAUGACGGUUUGGGAUUCGGAUCGGAAGCGAAUGCGAAUAGAGACGACGGACCAACAACAGAAGGAAACUCCUUAUGAAAUUAUUCAAGAGAUUCUUUCACGGCUGCCGACGAGGGCCGUCCUCAGGUCCGGCCUUGUAUCCAAGCUGUGGUUCAGUGCGGCGAGCAAUGCAUACUUCCGUAGUCUUCAUUAUAGUCGGAUGGGACCGGACCCGAAACCUGUGAUUCUGCUACUCGGCGACAGCAAGAAGGGCGUCACAUCGUCGGGCCCAGCUCGGAUUCGCCGGGGCGGCCAUAUCCCAUUGUACCAUCUUAGCGCUCCUCAAAAUUAUGAGUUGUGCAACACGUGCAAUGGCUUGCUCUGUCUCGCUCCGCGCAAUCCUGCAGAGCCGAUAAUCGUGUGCAAUCCCCUCACCGACGAAUCCGUCGCACUGCCUGCAGCUCCUCCCCCCAUGGAGGAUUGCUAUUGCUUUGUUGGCUUGGGCUUCUGUUCGACCAGCAAUGGAUAUAAAGUGUUCCGAAUCUCUUAUCCUCGAGAGGGGAACUAUGUUGCUUUGCGGGCUACAGGCGGUGCGGGUGUGCUGGAGGUGUGCGAUGUGGGCUGCAAUGAAUCAUGGCGAAGAGUUUGUAGGCUUCUCUUGCCCCCAUUCGGGAAGCCGGUUUGUGUUGAUGGGAAGAUACAUUGGGUGGCCCACAGUCAUAUUUCGGAAGACGAGAUCUUAUCAGUUGAUGUCUGCAGCGAGAAAUAUAUAUACACGACCAUCCCUAGUGUUGCCCACUGCGGAAGACGCGAAUUGUCUCAUUAUGGUACCGAAGGUUUUGCACCGAUCAUUUUGGAGAUGGAAGGCUGUGUUUCCAUCGCCGCUCAUUAUCAUUUUUCAGGGCUUUUUAUUUGGGUGCUAAAGGAUCUCCAGCAGAACCGCUGGGAGCUACGACAUUCUUGCUUCCCCCUGCUGCCGCCAUUCACUUGUGCCGUUGCGUACACCCAAGAAAUAGUUAAUGUAUGUUUUUACGAUGGUAUCUUGCUACUCAGGCUGCGUCAUCAGCUGCGUCAUCAAUGUGUGAUGUAUGAUACUAGGGAACAUUCCUCCACAGUGCCACCGCGGGGGUGGAGAGUUGAUGUAUCAGAAAUUCUGUCCAUUACGGAGGGAGAGUUAAUCGGAGGUUUUUACCCCAGUUUGGUUCCGGCCAAAGAAUUUGCUUCCUGUUCAAGCAGAUCCAGCAAGAUGUGCCGUUCAGAGGACUCCUGGUUUCCUUGUGAGGUGUUGAACAUGAAAGAAAAUAAAGCUAGUGCCUUGGCCAGAUAUGUCUUGCGUGGGAAGGCAUGGAAUGGACAUUUGUAUCCAUCAGUAGUGGUGAAUACAAGCUUGCGCUUUUUAUAGAUUUUCAGAGAUGGGUUAACUCCUAUAAGUGUAUGAGGGAGGGCUAUAUAUAACAAUUAUUAAGAUUAAAUUUUUGCCAAGCUAAUAUCAAGUUUGCUUUUGUUUUUCUGUUUGAUGAUGUUAUUAGCAGUUUUGAUAAGUUGUUGUUUAACAAACAGUGAAUUUUAUUGCUUCAUGAAAGGCUAGGACAAAAUAUGCAGUUUAUGAUGA